GUGGAGGCUAGCCGAACGCGGACUACUGCUGGUGGACUGAUCGGAGCGUUCCUUUACAACUUCUAUGGAUACUUCAAAGUAGCUAAGAGUUACGCCAAAACGGAUUUUACACAGAAUGGAAGGGAUGGAAGAGUGAUGAUGGGAUGGAUGUGAAUAUGGGCCAGUGGGCCUACACAGGCAUGCGUGCCCCUCUCUUCUGCCUGGCCCUGUUGCUGCUGCUGCUCUCCCAGCCUGCCCCCUGCUGCUGCCAGGACAGCCAGGGUUCUCCCCAGGGCCCCGCCGACGGCCCUCGAUUUCUCUUCACGCAGUCUGUCUAUCAUGCCACUGUCUACGAGAACUCGGCAGCGCGAACAUACGCCAACAGUAAAGUUAAAAUGGGCAUCCACCUGGCCCAGCGCUCCUGGGAAAUCCGCUACAGGAUCACCUCUGGGGAUGAAGAAGGCUUCUUUAAAGCAGAGGAGUACAUGCUGGGAGAUUUCUGCUUCUUACGCAUAAGGACUAAAGGCGGCAAUGCAGCCAUCUUGAAUCGAGAAAUCCAGGACAGCUACUUACUGACAGUGAAAGCCUCCGUCAAAGGAGAGGUUCUGGAGACCUGGACCAAAGUGACUGUCCAGGUCCUGGACAUGAAUGACCUCCGACCUCUAUUCUCACCCACCACAUACUCAGUCACCAUCGCAGAAAGCACCCCCCUCAGGACUAGCAUAGCACAAGUUACAGCCACUGACGCGGACGUCGGCUCCAACGGGGAAUUUUACUACUUCUUUAAGGAGAAAAUGGAGCUGUUCGCCGUGCACCCAACUAGCGGUGUGGUCUCCCUCAGCGGGAAACUGAACAUGGAGGAGCAGAACCGAUACGACCUAGAAAUCCAGGCAGUGGACCGCGGGAUGAAGUUGUAUGGCAAUAACGGUGUGAGCAGUACGGCCAAGCUCUUUGUGCAUGUAGAGCGUGUCAACGAGCAUGUGCCAGUCAUGAAUGUGGUCACCCAUGUCCCCUCGUGGUUAGACAAGAACCCUGUGUAUGCAGUGGUCACUGUGGAAGACCUGGACGAGGGGUUAAAUGGAGAGAUUGAGUCCUUGUCUAUAGUGGCCGGAGACCCUAUGGAGCAGUUCACUCUGGAGAGGUCAGAGGGCAAUGAGUUCGCUAUCAAGGCGUCUGACCAAGUUGACUGGGAGAACUUCCCUUAUGGAUAUAACCUCACACUUCAGGCUAAGGACAAGGGUGCCCCGCAAAAGUUUUCUUCGGUCAGGGUUGUGCACAUCAUAGUGAAGAAACCACAUGUUGUGGAAGUGAAAUUUGAACAGGAGUCGUAUGAAAUUAGUCUCAAUGAAAUCUCACCCCCAGGCACGAUCGUAAAGGUGGUGAAAAUCACCCCUGAGCCAGACGAUGCGGAAUAUAUUCUGACCCCCUCGACAGACUCCUCCUACUUCCGGAUGAACACCCUAACGGGCGUGAUCUCAACUGCUCGCUGGUUCACGGAGUGCACCAAGGACGUGUUUGACCUGGAAGUGGUGGAGGUGGACAGCGAGCUGGGGGUCAAAGUUCGGGUCUCCAUCGAGGACGCGAACGACAACACCCCAACAUUCACUCAGCUUUCGUACGAGGUGUUCGUCAAUGAGAGCGUUCCCAUGGGAUGGACCGUGCUGGCGGUGUCCGCUGUGGAUGGUGAUAGCGGGGAGAAUGGAUACAUAACAUACAGCAUAGCCAGCCUUCAGCCCCUGCCCUUCAAAAUCAACCAGUUCUCUGGCAUCCUUACCACCACACAGGAGCUGGACUUUGAGUCCUCGUCUGAGAGCUACGUGUUUGUGGUCAGGGCCUCUGACUGGGGUUCCCCCUACAGACGAGAGAGUGAAGUCAACGUAACUGUCCAUCUGGAGAAUGUGAACGACAACCAACCCUUAUUCGAGAAGGUGGCGUGUCAGGGACUAGUCUCUCGGGACUUCCCCAUCAAUGAGGUAAUCACCACCAUGUCUGCCAUCGACAUAGACGAGCUGGAGCUGGUGAAGUACAAGAUCCUGGAAGGGAAUGAGAGGGGCUUCUUUGACCUGAACCCUGACUCGGGGGUCCUAACCCUACGGAGGUCCCUCUCCACUGCCAGUCCAAAAAAUGGAAUCUUCAGUUUGAAAAUAACCGCCACAGAUGGAGAGAACUUCUCCGACCCGAUGUUCGUGAACAUCUCUAUUGUUCAUGGGAAAUCUUUCCCCAAGAGCUUCAACUGUAGGGAGACCAGAGUCGCCCAAAAGUUAGCUGAGAAAUUACUAAAUAAGUCCAAAGCUAGAACCAAGCCCAAGGUCGAGGAUGGGUUCAUUGACCUUUUCUCCGUCAACAGACAGACACCUCAGUUUGAUAAAGCCUUUCCCACAGACAUAUCAGUGCACGAAGACCUAAAGGUCGGGUCCAGUGUCUUCAAGGUCAACGCCUAUGACGGCGACACAGGUUUUAACGGUCAGAUGUUGUAUGCCAUCUCAGAUGGAAACACAGACAGCUGUUUCACCAUCGACAUGGAGAGUGGGCUGAUCAGCGUCUUCCUGCCCAUGGACAGAGAGAAAAGAGACAGAUACCUCCUCAACAUCACUAUCUACGACCUGGGCCUGCCACAGAAAACCGCUUGGCAUCUGCUCACCGUCUACGUAGAAGAUGCCAAUGACAAUGCACCUCAGUUCCUGCAGGAGGGAGGCUAUAGAACCUUCAUUCCCGAAAACACAGCCAUUGGCACCGAUGUCAUUCAGGUUGAGGCCACUGAUAAAGACUUGGGGCCUAAUGGAGAGAUUGUCUACUCCGUCCUGACCAGCACCACCCAGUUUGGCAUCAACAGCUCCAACGGGAUUGUGUACGUUGCCGGGCAGCUGGACAGGGAGUUCGUCUCCACCUUCAACUUGAAGAUUGAGGCUCGUGACCGUGCAGAGAAAGGGAACCAGAAAUUUUCAGUCACCACUCUGAAGAUCUCUCUAGAGGACGUUAACGACUGCCCCCCAGCAUUCAUCCCCAGUGUCUACAACACCCGGGCCCUGGAGGAUCUACCAGUGGGAACCGUGGUGGCCUGGCUCGAGACCCAGGACCCAGACCUUGGCCUGGGUGGCCAGGUUAGAUACUCCCUGGUCAAUGACUACAACGGGAAGUUCGAGGUGGACAAGGCUAGUGGGGCCAUCCGUCUGACCAAGGAGCUGGACUACGAGACGCAACAGUUCUACAACCUCACAGUGAGAGCCAAGGAUAAAGGGAGACCUGUCUCUCUCCUGUCUGUCACCUUCGUGGAACUAGAGGUGGUAGAUGUAAACGAGAACCUCUACACUCCCUACUUCUCCCACUUCGCCCUUACGGGAUCAGUGAAGGAGAGCGCCCGCAUUGGGACCACCGUCCUCCAAGUCACGGCCCGGGAUGACGAUGAUGGUAGAGAUGGGGAAAUCCAGUACUCUAUCCGGGACGGGAGUGGACUGGGACGAUUCGCCAUCGACGAAGAGACGGGUGUCAUCUAUACCACAGACACUCUGGACCGCGAGACCAAGGACUCCUAUUGGCUGACUGUGUAUGCCACAGACACGGGGGUGGUGCCCCAGUUCGCCAUCAUGGAGGUGUACAUCCAGGUAGAGGACGUCAACGACAAUGCCCCCCUGACCUCUGACCCUGUCUACCACCCCAUUGUCAUGGAGAACUCCCCCAAGGACCUGUCCGUCAUCCAGAUCCAAGCCCAGGACCCGGAUGCCACUGGGGGAGCAGAGAAACUGAGCUACAGGAUAGCUAGUGGGAACCCACAGAACUUCUUCACCAUCAAUACCAGGACCGGUGUCAUCACGACCACGGCCAGGAAACUGGACCGAGAGCAACAGGCGGAGCAUGUUUUAGAGGUCACGGUGUCGGACGGCGGUCCCAGCCCCAAACACUCCACGGUGUGGGUGAUCGUCCACGUGCUUGAUGAGAAUGACAACAAGCCCACGUUCCCAGAGAAGGUGUACCAGAUCAAGUUACCAGAGAGGGACAGGAGGAAGAGAGGAGAGCCUAUCUACAGGGCCUUUGCCUACGACAGGGAUGAAGGGGUUAACGCUGACCUCUCCUACAGCAUCGUCGAUGGCAACGAGGACGGCAAGUUUUUCAUCGACCCCAAGACGGCGGUGGUGUCAUCACGAAAGCAGUUCACCGCCGGGAGCUACGACAUCCUCACUAUCAAAGCCACAGAUAAUGGACGCCCCCAGAAGUCGGCGACGGCCCGUCUGCACAUCGAGUGGAUCCGUAAGCCCUCGGCUUUGGCGAAUCCCCUCCUAUUCGACGAGCAGUACUACAACUUCACCGUCAUGGAGAGCGACAAGGUGGCCGAGAUAGUGGGUGUGGUCUCCAUGCAACAGAACUCCAAUCCCCUCUGGUUCGACAUCAUAGGCGGUAACACUGACAGUCUGUUUGACAUAGAGAAGGGCGUGGGCACCAUCAUCAUCGCUAAGCCUCUUGAUGCUGAGCAGCGCUCCUUCUACAACAUGACUGUGGAGGUGACGGACGGCACCAACUCUGCAGCCACACAGGUCCACAUCACAGUGUUGGACAACAACGACAACGCUCCUGUCUUCUCUCAGCCCACCUAUGACAUCACCAUCUCUGAGGACACGCCCCCGGAGACGGAGGUGGUCCAGGUGUUAGCGUCGGACCGUGACGAGCGCCACCGUCUCACCUACUCCCUCCACAGCGCCAUCGACCCCUCCAGCCUGCGUCUGUUCCGUAUUGACCCCAACACGGGCACAGUGUAUACUACAGAGAGACUGGACCACGAGGCUAGAGCACAACACAUCCUCACUGUCAUGGUAAAAGACCAAGAGUUUCCGUACAGGAGGAACCUGGCCCGAGUGUUGGUGGAUGUGGAGGAUGUUAAUGACCAUGUCCCAGUGUUCACCAGUGCUCUGUACGAGGGUUCGGUCUAUGAGUCUGCAGCAGUGGGCUCUGCUGUGCUCCAGGUGACUGCCCUGGACAAAGACAAAGGAGAGAACGCAGAACUCCUCUAUACCAUGGAAUCAGGCAACACAGGGAACACGUUCCGGAUUGAGCCGGUUCUGGGGAUCAUCUCUGUGGCCCGCGAACUCGACCUCUCCACCAUCGGCUACUACGUCAUUACCAUCAGAGUCACCGAUAACGGCUCCCCGCCACUCUUUGCCACCUCUGUGGUUCGCAUCGCCGUCACACUCUCCGACAACGCCGGACCCAAGUUCCCCCAGACCGAGUACCAGGCCGAGGUCACAGAGAACGUUGCCGUGGGAACCUCUGUCACCACAGUAAGCGCCAUGAGCCAAUCCACGCUGACCUACGACAUCCGACAUGGCAACAGCGAACGCACCUUCAGGAUCAACCAGUACAGUGGCGUGAUCACAACUCAGAAACCCUUGGACUAUGAGACCACAGCAUCUUACAACCUGAUCGUCCAGGCCACCAAUAUGGCUGGCAUGGCCUCCAACGCCACCAUGCUCAUACGGGUGGUCGAUGAAAACGACAACCCACCUGUGUUCCAGCUGCUGUGCUACCAGGGUAGUAUCAGCGAGGCGGCACCCAUCAACAGUGUGGUCCUGAACCCAGACAAAACUCCUCUGGUCAUCAAGGCCACUGAUGCUGACCGCAACCAGAACGCUCUCCUGGUCUAUCAGAUCGUUGAGGACACAGCCAAGAUGUUCUUUACAGUGGAUUCUGGCACCGGCUCCAUCAGGACUAUCGCCAACCUGGACCACGAGAUGUUUGCUAGUUUUAACUUUCAUGUUCAUGUGAGAGACAGUGGGAGGCCUCAGCUGACAGCGGAUAGCCCCACCGAGGUCACCAUCCAGGUGAUCGACACAAAUGACUCUCCACCUCGCUUCACCCAAGACACUUACGAAACUGUCCUGCUGCUGCCCACCUAUGUAGGAGUGGAGGCAUUACAGGUCUCAGCUAUGGACCCAGACCAAAAUGUCCCCACAGAGCUCACCUACUCAGUGACAGAUGGCAACCUGGAGCACUUUACCAUCCAGCCCUCCAGCGGUAUCAUCACCGUCAAAAACAACAACUUCUCCAAGGAACGGUUCCGCUUCAACGUCAAAGUGUCUGAUGGAAAGUUCUCCAGCACUGCUCUAGUCACUGUUCUGGUCCGUGAGACGCUGGACUCUGGCCUCUUCUUUGCCCACAGCCUCUACUCCUCGUCCAUCCAAGAGAACAAUACCAACAUCACCAAAGUUGCCGUGGUCAACGCAGUGGGGAAUCGCCUCAACGAGCCCCUCAAGUACACCCUACUGAAUCCUGGAACACGCUUCCGGAUCCGAUCCACCUCUGGCGUAAUCCAGACCACUGGCAUUCCCUUCGACCGUGAGGAGCAGGAGUUCUAUGAGCUGGUGGUGGAGGCAGGGAGGGAGCACGACCGUCUGCGUGUUGCCAGGGUAAUGGUCAGGGUGCAGGUAGAGGACAUUAACGACAACGCUCCUGUGUUCGUGGGACUACCGUAUUACGCUGCUGUCCAAGUGGAGGCCGAACCCGGUUCGGCCAUAUUCCGGGUCACCGCCGUGGACCGUGACAAAGGCAUCAACGGAGAGGUGUCCUACUACCUGAAAGACGACCACGGACACUUUGAGAUCGACAGGCUGACAGGCGGCCUCCGUCUGAAGAAGUCUUUUGAGUCUGACCUGUCCAACCAGGAGUACCAGAUGGUAGUUUACACCAAGGACGGAGGUUACCCUCCUCUUUCCUCCACCUUAGAGUUCCCCAUCACCGUGGUGAACAAGGCCAUGCCCGUCUUCGACAAGUCCUUCUACGCAGUGUCGGUGAACGAGGACGUAGCGGUACACACUCCCAUAUUAGGAAUCAACGCCACCAGCCCUGAGGGCCAGAACAUAAUCUACACCAUCGUGGAGGGAGACCCCUCUCUGCAGUUCGACAUCGGCUUUGACACCGGAGUCAUCAGAGUAAUCAACUCCCUGGACCAUGAGAUCGCCCCAUCCUUCCGUCUGACCAUCAGAGCCACAGACUACCUGACCGGUGCCCGUGCUGAGGUGGACGUAGAUGUCACAGUUAAUGAUUUCAAUGAUAACCCUCCGGUGUUUGAGAAAAUGUCCUAUAAGGCAGUUCUGUCUGAGACUGCCAUGAUUGGCACUCCGGCUCUGCAAGUGGUGGCUACCGACAAAGACUCUGAGAAGAACAACAUUGUACGCUAUCAGAUAUUCUACCCCUCAGAUGCCUACAACAGCACCGACCACUUCCACAUCGACAGCAGCAGCGGCCUCAUCUUGACCGCCCGCAUGCUAGACCACGAGCUGGUCCAGCGCUACGACUUCAUCGUCAGGGCAACCGAUAACGGCUUCCCACCGCUGAGCAGUGAAGUGUCGGUCACGGUGGUGGUGAAUGACAUGAACGACAACCCUCCGGUGUUCAACCAGCUUCUCUACGAGGCCUAUGUCAGCGAACUGGCCACGAGGGGCUAUUUUGUGACCUGCGUCCAGGCUUCGGAUGCUGACAGCUCCGACUAUGACAAACUGGAGUACAGCAUCCUGUCAGGAAACGAGAGGAUGAACUUUGUGAUGGAUGGUAAGACAGGUAUCAUCACGCUGUCUGGUCACAGGAAGCAGAGAAUGGAGCCAGCCUACAGUCUGAAUGUAUCCGUUUCUGAUGGGGUGUUCACCAGCACAGCCCAGGUGCACGUCAGUAUCCUGGGGGCCAACCUCUACAGCCCUGUGUUUGGACUGAAUGCCUACGAUGCAGAGGUACGGGAGAAUGCAGCGGUAGGAACCAAGGUGAUCCAGGUUAGGGCGACCGAUGCUGACCCAGGAGUGUUUGGCCAGAUUACCUACUCAUUCGUCAACGACGUGGGGAAGGACCAGUUUAGUGUGGAAGCCAAUGGUCAGAUCACCACCCUGGAGAAGCUGGACAGAGAGGACCCUGCCAACAAGGACAUUGUCCUUACGGUGGCGGCCCAGGACGGGGGUGGAAGGGCCUCCUACUGCACCGUCCGGGUCUCCCUGGUGGAUGACAACGACAAUGUCCCUCGCUUCAGAGCUACAGAAUACCGUGCGUCCGUCAAAUCCGACGUAGGCAAGGGCUUCUUGGUGACCCAGAUCCAGGCAUAUGAUCCUGACGACGGUGCCAACUCUAAGGUGACAUACUCGCUCUACAGCGAGGCACACGUGCCCGUGGCGGAUAUGUUAGAGAUCGACCCUGACAACGGCUGGAUGGUCACCAAGGGGAGUUUCAGCCACCUGCGCAACUCUGUCCUGUCUUUCUUUGUUAAAGCAGUAGAUGGAGGUAUCCCUGUCAAGCACUCUUUAGUAUCAGUCUACAUCCACGUCUUGGCAUCUGACGCCCUCAUCCCCUCCUUCACCCAACCCCAGUUCUCAUUUACCGUCCCAGAGGACACUCCUAUAGGAGCUGCCCUAGGGUCCGUCCGCCUCAUCACCCCACCAGGCUACGCCUCGCUGCCAGUCACCUUUGCUCUGGUCAACGGAGAGACCGGGGAGAACAACCAGGAUGGAGUCCUGGUGGUGGACAGGGACACUGGGGUCAUCAAGCUGGACAAGCCCCUGGACCACGAGGUCAUCACUGCCUUCCACUUCAAGGUCACAGCCACCGUCCAGCAGGCCAAGCUGGACUCUGUGACCAGCGUUGACGUAGAAGUCAAAGUCCUGGAUCUGAACGACAACAAGCCAGCAUUUGAAUCCAAUUCCUACGAGGCGACAGUGAUGGAAGGGAUGCCUAUCGGCACCAUAAUCAUCCAGGUUCAGGCUCUGGACCCAGACUCUGGAGCUAACGGACAGGUUACAUACAGCCUAGGCACGUUGGUGCAAUCCGAAGGGGAGCCGGACCAAUCCACACAGGCCUUCACCAUUGACAGCAACACUGGCUGGAUCUCUACUCUCAAGGAGUUGGACCAUGAGAUGUACCCGUCCUACGCCUUCCUGGUGGUGGCCUCAGACCUGGGGGAGACCCUGGCCCUCUCCUCCACCUCCACGGUGACCGUGGCCGUGUCGGACAUCAACGACAACCCGCCCAGAUUCCUGGAUGAGAGGUACCUUGGCUCAGUGCGCGAGAGCGACCCCCCUGGUGAGGUGGUGGCGGUGCUCAACACUAGAGACGACGACAGCUCUACAGUGAACCGCCAAGUCAGCUAUCACAUCACAGGUGAGUCAGAGAUUGGGAGUGUGUGUGUUAUUAAUGUGUUUAGCUGUCUGUCCUCUUUAUGCAUCUUCAUAUGUCUCACUGUCUGUCUUUCAACUUGUCUUCUGUCCCCCUGUCUCACGCCGUUGUCCCCGCCCGGUCCGUUGUCCCUGUUCGAUCCGUUGUCCCCGCCCGGUCCGUUGUCCCCGUUCGGUCCGUUGUCCCCGCCCGGUCCGUUGUCCCCGCCCGGUCCGUUGUCCCCGCCCGGUCCGUUGUCCCCGCCCGGUCCGUUGUCCCCGCCCGGUCCGUUGUCCCCGCCCGCCCGGUCCGGCGUCCGUUGUCCCCGCCCGGUCCGUUGUCCCCGCCCGGUCCCGCCCGUUCCGUUGUCUCCGCCCGGUCCGUUGUCCCCGUUCGGUCCGUUGUCCCCGCCCGGUCCGUUGUCCCCGCCCGGUCCGUUGUCCCUGUUCGGUCCGUUGUCCCCGCCCGGUCCGUUGUCCCCGCCCGGUCCGUUGUCCCCGUUCGGUCCGUUGUCCCCGCUCGGUCCGUUGUCCCCGCCCAGGCCGUUGUCCCAGCCCGGUCCGUUGUCCCCGUUCGGUCCGUUGUCCCCGCCCGGUCCGUUGUCCCCGCCCGGGCCGUUGUCCCCGCCCGGUCCGUUGUCCCCGCCCGGUCCGUUGUCCCCGCCCGCCCGGUCCGGCGGUGUUGUCAUGGAAAUUCCGUUGUCCCCGCCCGGUCCGUUGUCCCCGCCCGGUCCGUUGUCCCCGUUCGGUCCGUUGUCCCCGCCCGGUCCGUUGUCCCCGCCCGGUCCGUUGUCCCCGUUCGGUCCGUUGUCCCCGCCCGGUCUGUUGUCCCCGCCCAGGCCGUUGUCCCCGCCCGGUCCGUUGUCCCUGUUCGAUCCGUUGUCCCCGCCCGGUCCGUUGUCCCCGUUCGGUCCGUUGUCCCCGCCCGGUCCGUUGUCCCCGCCCGGUCCGUUGUCCCCGCCCGGUCCGUUGUCCCCGCCCGGUGUCAGUCGUAAGGUGGUAUAUUCUCUGGCCGACUCUGCCGGCGGCUUCUUCUCCAUCGACAAAUUCUCUGGCAUCGUGGUCCUGGAACGUCUCCUGGACCGCGAACAGCAACCGUCCUACAUGAUCACGGUCAGAGCGUCCGACCAGGGCUCUCCUGUCCGCCUGUCCUCCCUGGUCAACGUAACCGUCACGGUCCUGGACAUUAAUGACAACCCGCCGGUGUUUGAGCGGCGUGACCACCUCGCCACCGUGCCAGAGGACGUGGGGUUAGGGACGGAGGUGCUGAGAGUGUACGCAGCCAGUAAGGACAUUGGAACCAACGCUGAGAUCACCUAUAGUAUCCGGUCAGGCAACGAGCACGGAAAGUUCCACAUACACCCCGUCACUGGUGCCAUCGCUGUGUCCAAGCCUCUGGACUUUGAGACGUGUAAAGACUACUUCCUUACUGUGGAGGCCAGAGAUGGUGGAACCCCGCCCCUAAGCGCCAUAACCAUGGUAAACAUCAACCUGACGGAUGUCAACGACAAUGCACCCAUGUUCAGCCGAGACGUCUACACUACUGUCGUAUCCGAGGACGCAACCAUCGGAGAGUCCGUCGUCAAGCUGACAGCUGAGGACGUAGACAGUCAGGUGAAUGGUGUUAUCCUCUACUCCAUCGUCAGUGGUGACAGAGAGAACCAGUUCUUCAUAGACCCUCUCUCUGGCAUGGUGAAGGUCAACAAACAGCUGGACAGAGAGACGGUGUCUGGUUACUCUCUGGCGGUCAGGGCUCUGGACAGUGGUGUUCCGCCCAUGUCGUCAACGGUGAUGGUCAACAUCGACAUCUCAGACAUCAACGACAGCCCGCCUACUUUCACCCCGGCCAAUCUCACCACUGUCAUACAGGAGAACAAGCCCAUCGGCACCAGCAUUCUGCAGCUGUCUGUCAUAGACCAGGACUCCUCCCAUAACGGCCCGCCCUUUGAGUUCCGCAUCUUAUCAGGGAAUGAGGGUGGAGAGUUUACACUGGAGUGGGAUGGAACUCUGCUAGCCAAUCAGGUGUUUAGGAGGGACUUGGCCACAGAGUAUGUCAUCCAGGUCCAGGUAAGGGACUCAGGUAAGCCCCGUCUGUCCUCCUCUUCUACCCUGACGGUGCGUGUGAUUGAGGAGAGCCUUCACCGGCCCGUAGCACUACCCCUGGAGGUCCACAUCAUCACCAUGGAGGACGAGUUUCCUGGAGGAGUCAUCGGCCAGCUGCACGCCACUGACGCAGACCCCUAUGAUGUCCUGACCUUCGGCCACGCCCCUCCGUCUCAACGCUCCCUCUUCAAGAUCAGUCCGAGAGACGGUAAGAUCAUAGCCCUGGGCGGCCUGGAUGCCGGUCGCUACUCCCUCAACGCCAGCGUGAGUGACGGACGCUUCGCUGUGCCCGUGGCUGUGAGCGUGCACGUGGAGCAGGCAUCACCAGAGAUGCUGCGCGAGGCGGUAACAGUGCGUUUCGAGAGUGUGCAACCACACGACUUUGUGGCCACACAUCUGAAAAACGUGGUGAAAGUUCUGAGGGUUGCCGCGGCGACGCAGAAGCAGGACGCGCUGCACCUGCUCAGUUUGCAGCCCGUGGGCGGGACCAGCCAGCUGGAUCUGCUAGUUGCCGUGGAGACGGCUGGGGGAGGUUUCUACAAGGCAGCGUACCUGACUCAGAAGCUGAGCGCCUCCCGGAGGCAGCUGGAGGAAGUGCUGAGGGUGUCGGCCAUCUUGGAUAAGAACUGUUCUGGGCUGGAGUGUCGCGGGGCCCAAUGUGAGCAGAGCAUUGUGUUGGACUCUCACGCUCUCAUCACCUACAGCACACCCAGGGUUAGCUUUGUGUCGCCACGCUUCCACAGGACCACCCGCUGCACCUGCACUGAUGGUAGCUGUCCCCCAGCCUCAGAGUUGUGUGAUGAGCAGCCCUGUCCAGGAGACAUGCAGUGUGUGGGCACAGAGGGCACUAGAGGGCCAUAUGCCUGCCAGUGUCCACCAGGGAAACUUGGAGAGUGUGCAGGUCACACAUCUCUGAGUUUCUCAGGGGACAGCUAUAUCAAGUAUAAAGUGUCUGAUGGAGGGAGAACAGGAGAGAUGAAGCUGGGACUGAGGAUCAGAACUCUACAGAGCAGAGGAAUCAUCAUGUACACACACUCUGACCCCUGCACUAUACUGAAGCUGGAGGAGGGUAAGCUCUGGUUCCAGCUGGACUGUGGGAACAGCCCUGGUGUGCUGGGUAUUUCUGGGAGGCCUAUCAACGAUGGGAACUGGCACACGGUGACUCUGGAGCUCAACCGUAACUUCACCAGUCUGUCUCUGGACGACAGCUAUGUGGAGAGGAGGAGAGGACCGCCAACCUUCCAACCACUAGGGGCAGAUGGGUCUAUCUACUUUGGAGCACAGGUCCAACCUCCUAACUCUCGCAGCCUGACAGACAAGAAGGGUCCUCGGGUGACGGAUGGUUUCCAGGGCUGCCUGGACUCUGUGAUGCUCAACAACAACGAGCUGCCCCUGCAGAACAAGAGGAGUCGCUAUGCUGAGGUGGUGGGCCUGACAGAGCUGAAACUGGGCUGUGUUCUCUACCCCGACGCCUGCUUGAAACAGCCCUGUCUCCACGGCGCUACCUGCAACAGCCUGCCCUCUGGUGGUUUUGCCUGUAGUUGCGGUCCCCAGUACACUGGGGGGCGCUGUGAGACUGAGAUCACGGCAUGCAUUCCCAACCCAUGCCACAACAGCGGUGUGUGCAAAGCCAUCGGCAACGCUUUCCUCUGCAGCUGCAGGAGAGGUUUCAAGGGCAUCACGUGCGAGGAAGACAUAAACGAGUGUGAGCGGGGCGGAGCCACGGGUGGCGAAGCAGAAUGUGAGAACGGCGGUGUGUGUGUCAACACGCACGGCUCGUUCUACUGCAACUGCACGGCAGGCUUCGUGGGCCAGCUCUGCGGCCUGCGGCCCGUGGUGGUACCAGACAUGCAGGCUGGACACGCCAUGGUGGGGAAAGAAGAACUGAUCGGCAUUGCUGUUGUCCUAUUCGUCAUCGUCACCCUCAUCAUCCUCUUCAUCGCCUUCCGUAAGAAGGUGUUCCAGAAGAACUACUCCCGUAACAACUUGACGCUGGUCCAAGAUCCAGCAACAGCAGCUCUGUUAAACAAGGCCAACGGGGUUCAGUUCAAGACCCUGCGCUGCACACCGGGAGACCCCUUGAACCUGUACGCCGAAGCGGGGCUGUGCGCCACUGUGAUAGGUGGCGGAGCUGGAAUGCUCGGCCCGCCCCAGGUGCCUGUGAGGCCCAUGGCAUAUACACCCUGUUUCCAAGGCGAUCCGCGGUCAACGCUGGAGAAGAUGGCGGACGGGAGAGGCGUGGAACACACUGAGAUGAGCACCUUCCACCCAGAGUCACCCAGGAUUCUGGGAGGCACAGUACGGAGGGGGGUGGUGGUGUGUAGCGUGGCGCCCAACCUGCCACCUGUCUCGCCCUGUCGUUCUGACUGUGACUCCAUCCACAAGAGCCCCUGGGACAGCGACGAGGGUAAAAUGGUAGAUAUGGGCGAAGAGAUGACCUGUUUCUCAGGGAGCAACAAGGGCAGCAACUCUGAGGUCCAAUCACUGAGCUCCUUCCACUCCGACUCCUGCGACGACAACGCAUAUCACUGGGACACGUCUGACUGGAUGCCCAACUCACGGCUGCCCGACAUCGAGGAGGUGCCCAGUUACGAGGCCAGCGGCCUGGCAGGCCACGGAGACAUGGUUGCCUCAGCCUCCCGCCUGGGGGGCAGCUCUCGCCUGGGGGGCAGCGCCCGGGAACUGGAUUCAGACUACUACCUCGGGGGCUACGACAUCGACAGUGAUUUCCCACCUCCUCAUGAGGAAGAGUUCCUGACCCAGGACCAGCUCCCUCCUCCCCUCCCCACUCCCCUGGAGGAGUACCAGGAGCACCCCUACGACACCCUGCCCGCCAACCAGCCCGCCUCCAAGGAGAGCACCCUGAGUGGGAGUGUUAGUGGCAGCACCGGACGCCACAGGUCCCCCCGCCCACACUUCCACCCCAGCCAAUACCUGCCCCCACACCAGCUGCCCCUGGGGGAGGCGGGGCAAGGCGGGCCGGGAGGAGAGGAGUUCAGCACUUUUGUGGGUGGGGCGAUCAUGUCGGGAGGCGGGGACAUGGAUGAUAAUGUGUCGCUGAAUAGGAGGUUGUCAGUGAACGCAUCAUCGGCCUCGGACUUGUCGGCCCCCUAUGGUUUUGACGACUCAGAGGCGGGCGGUAGUGACUUGGACAGUAUGGAUGAGCUCCACCGGGGUGGGACACACACCGUAGAGAUGCAGCAACAGACUGAGGUCUGACUGGGCCCCACCGUGGGGUCAAGGAGAGUGGCAAGGGGACGGGUGGGCAUGAGUGCAGGACAGAGGCUGCUGGAGUAGGAAGUGGACGCUGUGUCGAGCUGUGCAGGUUCCUCUGGACUGAGUAAUGAAAGAUGGAGGUAGUCACUCAGAGGGGAAUGAUUGGUGUUUAAUGGACACGCUGCUAGAUAGUGGCUACGUCAUCAAAACAGUACCAACUUAACCCUUCAACCACUGCCAUUGCAAACACUAACCUCAAACCACUUCACCCAUUGCAGGCUUUAUCCUUAAACCACUUUUCUUCAUUCCAAGCCACUACACUUAUUCAUGACCCUUUAGCCACUACCCAUGAGCUAAUACCAAGCCGCAUGCAAUGGAAAGCAAUGUGUUUUGACACAUUAGUACCUACAGCUGGCCAUCAUCAUAGCCACUACCGCUAGCAGUGGCCCGUGUCAAGAUCAGAUGAGUGUUAUCCUCUUCCAUAGCGAGGAACAGAGAGCCUACCAGAUAUGUUGAGUACGUAUAAAAACAGGGUGAGAAUGUGAAAAAGAAAGAUUAAGUUUUUCAAAAAAAUACAAACUUUUAAGAGACAAGUGCAGAGAAAAUGGAUGAGCUAGUGCAGAGAAAAUGGAUGAGCUAGUGCAGGGAAAAUGGAUGAGCUAGUGCAGAGAAAAUGGAUGAGCUAGUGCAGAGAAAAUGGAUGAGCUAGUGCAGAGACAAUGGAUGAGCUAGUGCAGAGAAAAUGGAUGAGCUAGUGCAGAGAAAAUGGAUGAGCUAGUGCAGAGAAAAUGGAUGAGCUAGUGCAGAGAAAAUGGAUGAGCUAGUGCAGAGAAAAUGGAUGAGCUAGUGCAGAGAAAAUGGAUGAGCUAGUGCAGAGAAAAUGGAUGAGCUAGUGCAGAGAAAAUGGUUGAGCUAGUGCAGAGAAAAUGGAUGAGCUAGUGCAGAGAAAAUGGAUGAGCUAGUGCAGAGAAAAUGGAUGAGCUAGUGCAGAGAAAAUGGAUGAGCUAGUGCAGAGAAAAUGGAUGAGCUAGUGCAGAGAAAAUGGAUGAGCUAGUGCAGAGAAAAUGGAUGAGCUAGUGCAGAGAAAAUGGAUGAGCUACUGCAGAGAAAAUGGAUGAGCUAGUGCAGAGAAAAUGGAUGAGCUGGUGAAUCAAGAAAAGAUGACGAAGGUUUGGUAAAAAGAAAAGAAGACAAUAUUGUAUUUGAACGGUCAGCACUGAUAUGGCCUCCUCUUUCUGCUCAGACAGAUGUGAUUGUUUUUAGCUGCACACAGCUUCCCUGUCCCUCCUCUCACUAUACCUGCCUACCCACAGAGGCCCAACAAGGACUUCUCCCCAGGAUGCAUGGUGGGGGGGGGGGGGGGGGGGGGGGUACACACAACCCCUCACUGCUCAUGCAUAGCCUGUACAGAAUUUGUGAAAAUGAAAUGGAAGAUUUUUUGUGUGAUUAUCCAUUCUAAGAACGCCAUUUGGAUUGAUGUGAAAUAUGUUUAUUAUUACCCCUAGUCCAAACGUCCACCCCUGAAAUCAUUCCUGUGACGCCAUGAGAGUUUAGCCAUCCUUCUGUCCCACCACAUGCUAAACUGCUAUCCUGCCGAUCUUCUUUUCUGCCAAGUAAUUUUGCUUGAAUGAUGUUGUUAUAUGAUUAUUGUUUUGCACUAGUAUCUUUAGAUGUUUGGUUUUGAUGGUUAUUACAUGAAACGUGCUAUAUUAUUGAAAUCCUCCAAAUGACAUUAUCAUGAUAUGUCAUUCUGGCCCAGUUAAAUUAGCAUAAUAAGCAAUGAGGAAUUUUUAUGUUAGUCAUUUUCUUUUCACUAAAGUCCCUGAUUUUGAAAUAGAUUUGAAAAAAAUGGCAAUUCACAUAGAGUUUUCUUGAUCUAUUAUAUUUCCGAGCAUGCAACACAAUUUAUUUUCUUUCCCUUCCUUGUUCUCCUUCUGUCCCAUGUUGUUUUACACUGAGCAGGUUUCAUAGAGUCACUCCAGUAUUUCCCAAAGCCAUAACAGCAAUAUAUUGACUGGUGGAUGAGGAGUAGGGCCCGUGCACAAUGCAAAUGCAUUCUGGGAAAAUAAUAUAAUAAUGUAGCAUCCCAUCACAACGGCUGUCACAGCGGCCAGGCACCGUUGCACCAUGGGUCUUGUCAGUUGCUGUGUUCCCAUUUUGGUUAUGUCCGCUUAAAAAAAUUAUAUAAACAACGGUCACUAACAAUGGCUUAUUCUAAACACAUCUCUAUCGCUCCAGGACAGAAGGACAGAUAACAAUACAGAUGAGUGUCAUAUUGGACUUGGAGUUCUAUUGGACUUGGAGUUCUAUUGGACUUGGAGUUGUAUUGGACUUGGAGUUCUAUUGGACUUGGAGUUGUAUUGGACUUGGAGUUCUAUUGGACUUGGAGUUGUAUUGGACUUGGAGUUCUAUUGGACUUGGAGUUGUAUUGGACUUGGAGUUGUAUUAGACUUGGAGUUGUAUUGGACUUGGAGUUGUAUUAGACUUGGAGUUGUAUUAGACUUGGAGUUCUAUUGGACUUUGAGUUCUAUUGGACUUUGAGUUCUAUUGGACUUUGAGUUCUAUUGGACUUUGAGUUCUAUUGUAAAAUAAUAUACCUGAUCCAGUCGGGCAAGAUUUUUUUGUAAAAGAUGUAAGUUUGUGUUAAAAUCUUUGUACAGUGUACAUAGAUUGCUGGGUUGUUAAAAUGCUGAUUUUGUAGAUAUUGAAUUGCAAUCCUGACCACCUUCCUUUGAGUUUCUUGUUUUUAUUCGAUAUGAAUGUGGACAAUAAGAGACCAUGAUAAAUCAGUAAUUUAACCUAAUUUCUCCUCCUCUGUUGGCCUUUCGCCUAAAGUAUUAUUUUAUUUCAUUAACCUUUGCUUUAAAACAUAAAAAGCCUUUCAAUAGACUAGUUAGAACUUGCACGGUAUUAAAUGCACUAAACCUGCUUUAAAUUACAUCCCGGGGUUUUUUCUUUUUUGUUUCAAAUCCUCUGGUUUCUGUUUCUUUUCAAUGAUUUUAGGUAGUAUUGAAAUAUGUCUAAUCUAACUGCAGCAAUUGACUACAGAAUUAGUUCUUUUUUAACUGCUUUUUUGUUUUUUAAAUCAAUGCUGAAAAUAAAAAAGGUUAUUGAUCAAACAAAGACUAAUAUCAUCUUUAAUGCAAUGGAAAAGGUUUGUCUAUGAUGUCACAGAAUGGACUAAACUUGAUUAACUGUAAAAGGUUUGCAAAGUAACUUGUUUGCAAGGUAAACAGGUAUGAUUGCAGAAUUACAUGCAAGCGUCACUUAUUGCCCUAAAGCCCUUAAACUCAACUGUGGACCUCGAAA